AUGACUGGUACAGAUGAACAAGGCCUUUCAGGGGCAAAUUCCCCUCUCCUCGCCCCAUCAGACAGCUCUCCAGACUACGGGGGCAACAGCGACGAGAACCUGACCUCCGAACUACAGUACUCAGGAGGGUGGUUCAUCUGGGCGUUGACAUUCUCAGCUGGAAUAAGUGGUCUUCUGUUUGGAUAUGACACAGGUGUCAUUUCGUCUACUUUAGUGACUGUCGGCUCGGAUCUGUCGAAUCGACCUUUGACAACGUUAGAUAAAAGUCUUGUUACAUCAUGUACUAGUCUGUUCGCGUUGAUUGCGAGCCCGCUCACUGGUGUGUUGGCGGACAAGCUGGGACGACGGAAAGUCAUACUUGGCGCCGAUGCUUUAUUUGCACUUGGAGCAUUAGUGCAGGCAUUUACGAGCCAGGUAUGGGGAAUGAUUCUUGGGCGCAGCAUUGUUGGGCUCGCUGUUGGGAGUGCGAGUGCGGUUACUCCGCUCUACAUCUCAGAGCUAGCACCAUCCCAUGCAAGAGGAAGACUUGUCACGAUUCUCAGUCUUUUUAUCACCGGUGGCCAGGUGGUGGCAUACAUAGUCGGGUGGCUGUUUUCUACGACACCUGGAGGCUGGCGAUGGAUUGUGGGGAUUGGAGCAUUCCCAGCCUUCUUCCAGCUUGUGAUUCUCGCAUUUCUACCCGAGACGCCUCGAUGGCUGGUACAGGCUGGACUGGAUGCGCGGGCAAAGACAGUCCUGAAGAAAAUCUACCAAGAUUGCCCAGGGCGUGAUCGAGUUGUGGAUCGCCUGGUGCGUGUUAUUAGUGGAGAAAUUGACCAAGAGGCGUCAGAGAUGGGUCAACCCAAAUCCCGCGGUACCAAGCCUCAGUGGCUACAUGAUACACUGCAACGGGGACAGCAGUUGUUGCACGGUGGAAACAGGAGGGCGUUGAUUAUCGCGAUGAUGCUACAGGCAGUGCAGCAGCUUUGUGGGUUCAACAGCCUGAUGUAUUUUUCUGCAACCAUUUUCGCAUCCCUUUCAUUCUCAUCUCCGACCUUGACAUCACUCUCGGUGGCAAUGACGAACUUCAUAUUCACACUCCUUGCAUUUAUCCUGAUUGACAAGGUUGGACGCCGGCGAAUCUUGCUCUAUUCAAUCCCCAUUAUGGUUUUUGCUCUGAUUGUGUGCGCAUUUUCAUUCUCGUCAAUAGAUGGCACAUGGAAUUCGCAAACUCCCACGCGUCAUGCCGAAACCCAAGGUAGUCACAGCUCCUUUGUGCCUCUUGCAAUUCUUUUCUGUCUUACUGUAUAUACAGCGGCCUAUGCCCUCGGACUUGGAAAUGUUCCUUGGCAGCAGUCGGAGCUCUUUCCUCUAAAUGUGCGUUCACUCGGAUCAGCGCUGGCUACCGCCACUAAUUGGGGAUCGAAUUUCAUUAUCGGUCUUACAUUCUUGCCUAUGAUGGAAUUUCUGUCACCAUCAUGGACAUUUGCGCUUUACGCACUUGUUUGCAUGGCUGGGUGGGUAGCUGUAUGGGCAAUUUACCCUGAAAUGAGUGGAUUAGGCCUCGAAGAGGUUAAGGGUCUUCUAGCUCAUGGAUGGGGGGUGAAAGAAAGCUUACAGCGACGUCAGAAUUCUCGAUAUGUAUAG